CUCUCAAAGAAGCAGAGGAGGGCAAGAAGGUGACAAAAGAAUAUAGUAGUAGCAAGCAACCGUGUCCUCGGCCGGUCAGCGGCCAUGGCUGCCCGUCGUCUCCUUGCCGCCGCUGCGGCCUUCACCUCGCUCUGCGCCGUGGCAGUAGGCCAGAACGCCAAGACCAUGCUGCCGUUCGCGCCCACCUGCUCCACGACCGGCAACUACACCGUCGGAAGCCAGUACCAGAAGAACCUCGCCGAGCUCCUGUCCAGGAUGCCCGCCGCCGCCGGCGACAACGGCUGGUUCUACAAGGGCAGCGCCGGGACGGGGGCCGACGAGGUGUUUGGCCUCAUCAUGUGCUUCGCGGACCGCAAUGCGACGCAGUGCCGGGAGUGCCUCGACGGCGCGCCCGCCGGGAUCACGACGGUGUGCCCGGGCAGCCGGGACGUGAGCGCGGCGUACGACGCGUGCGUGCUGCUGUACUCUGCCGCGCCGACCGUCACCACCGCGGACACCCGCGCAGUGUUCGCCGUGUACGUCUCCGGGGAGCCCGUCACCUCGCAGGGCCUGGGGAACGCGUGGCUGCGGCUGAUGACCAAGCUCACCGCCGGCGUCACGGCCUCGCCGCUGCGGCUCUCCAACGAGUCGGCUCUGUACUCAAGCUCGCAGGAGAUGUAUGGCCUGGCGCAGUGCACGAGGGACCUCAACGCCAGCGAGUGCACGCGCUGCAUCAACAACUACAUCGACCAGCUGCAAGGUCUGUUUCCCAACAACACCGGCGGCGCCAUCAAGGGGUACAGCUGCUACCUGCGCUACCAGGUGGGCGCGUUCGAGAUCACCCUGCCGCCGGUGCCUCCGCCGCCGCCGCCUCAACAGCCAUCUCCUGAGCCUUCAUCGUCUUCCAAGACAGGGCUUGCGAUCGGCUUGUCUAUCGGAGCUGCGUCCUUGAUCGUCCUGGCCUCCUUGAUAUGGCUCCAUCGUCUUCGGCGGCGGAAACGGGGGAAAAUCCUCGAGAAUGCGAGGGACCAUGAGCUUGAAGAAGGCAACUUCUUCGACGACGAGCCGGAGAUGGAAGACGAGUUCGAGAAAGGCACCGGGCCAAAGAGGUUUCGCUACGGCGAGCUCGCCGAGGCCACCGACAACUUCUCCGACAAGCAGAAGCUCGGGGAAGGUGGGUUCGGGUCCGUCUACAGAGGAUUCCUGAAGGACAUGAACCUUCACGUUGCCAUCAAGAGGGUCUCCAAGGGCUCAAAGCAGGGGAGGAAGGAGUACGCCUCGGAGGUGAGCAUCAUCAGCCGUAUCCGGCACCGCAACCUUGUUCAGCUCAUCGGCUGGUGCCACGGCGGCGGCGAGCUCCUCCUCGUCUACGAGCUGAUGCCCAACGGCAGCCUGGACACGCACCUCUACAGCGCCACCGUCGAUGGCGCCCCGCUGCCAUGGCCGAUCCGCAACGAGAUCGUGCUGGGGUUAGGCUCGGCUCUGCUCUACCUGCAUCAGGACUGGGAGCAGUGCGUUCUUCACAGGGACAUCAAGCCGAGCAACGUGAUGCUCGACGCGUCCUUCCACGCCAAGCUCGGCGACUUCGGGCUCGCCAGGCUCGUCGACCACGGCCGCCGCUCGCACACCACGGUGGUCGCCGGAACCAUGGGGUACAUGGACCCGGAGUGCAUGAUCACCGGCCAGGCCAGCGCUGAGUCAGACAUCUAUAGCUUCGGCGUCGUCCUCCUCGAGAUCGCCUGCGGCCGGCGGCCACUGGUGCCUCGCCGCGGGGAAGGAGAAGACGACGUGGUCCACAUCGUGCAGUGGGUGUGGGAGUUCUACGGCAGGAGAGACAUCCUCGACGCCGCCGACGCCCGGCUGAUGGGGGAGUUCGACGCCGGCGAGAUGGAGACGGUGAUGGUCGUCGGGCUCUGGUGCGCGCACCCUGACCGGAGCCUGAGGCCGUCCAUCAGGCAGGCCGUCAACGUGCUGCGGCGAGAGGCGGCUCAGCCGAGCCUACCGGCGAGGAUGCCGGUGGCCACCUUCAUGCCGCCACCUGAUGCUUUCUACUACACGUCUUCGGCUGCGACAGGCAGCAGCAGCAACACCGGCACCACUCAGUCCAGCACGGCAGAGACAUUUACCCUCCUGAAAUGACCACAGGCCAACUGAAUGUAGCAUCAAAUUUUUACUGAUGAUUCUUUUUACUAUCUACUAUGUAUGUGUUCCAUGUUCA